AAGGUACCUUAUACGGAUACAGCUUAUUCCCCGUCCUGUAUGCAAAUAGUUAUGUGCUAUGUGUACAUUCACACUAGGGUCUUUGUACCAUUUUAACUCGACUGCAUGCAGUGCUCUUUUCUAGUGUAGACAAGGCCUGCGUGUCUCUGGGUCUCUGCUUUGUCAUCUGUAAAGUGGGGGAAAUAGAGCUGGCUGAGAAUUUUUGACCCAAACUUUAUUUUUUUGGUGCAAGAUGAAGAUUUGGAUCAGCUGAAACAUUUCACAAAUUUGCAUUGAGUUUGGCGAACCGUUUUGGUUUAAAAAAAAAAAGUCAAAACGUUUUGUUUGAACAUUUUCUUAACCAAAAAAUGGACUUUUGGAUUCAAAAUUUUCUUUAAAAACAUUUUCAAAAUAAAAGUCAAGGGAAAAGAAGCUGGAAACCGAAUGACAUUUUUUCGACUUUUUGAUUUGCCCAAAAUUCCCCAACAUUUUGGUUUGGGGUCGGCCCAAAAUGAUUUUUUCCCCCAGGACUCCUAGCGAGCCAAAAAAUCCAUUAUUCGUGCAGCAGUAAGUGAUAAAAAUACUUAUCUACUGUCACAGAGCCUUAAAUUGCACCUAGGAGUCUGGUGGCACCACAGACUAACACGGCUACCCCCUGAUACUUAAAUUGCACCUAGCAUGAAGGAAGAAUAAUACUGGGGUCCUGCAAACGAGACCGUCCUUUCUCCUUUGGUGGAGGACGGAAAGGAUCAGCAGGACGGAGGAGUUGUUUAUUAUCAUUCUUUAUUUUAUUACUGACGUUUUCUGUUGAAACUGAACGAUUCAAGAGGUUGAAGUAGCGUUUGUGAGGCCAGGUCUGGCCUGGACUCUCACAAAACUGAGCGGACAUUUUCCCCGCAGACCAUUUCAGUUUUGACAAAACCCCAAAUUUUUCCUUUUGGAAAAAAUGUUCAUGCAGUUAAUUCCUGCCAGCUCUGACUCUGUGCAGAGACGUUAGUUCCAAAGCGCCAUCCUGGGAUGGGGAAUCCUGGGCUCAGAGAGCCGCCCCAGCCGCCCAGGACCCCAAAUUUGCAGUUUCUCAUUUUCAGCCCUCAUGGGAGAGUUUGCACAUUAUUGCGGGGGAAGGGGGGUGUCAGGGGGGUACCACCCUGAUGCUCAUCCUAAUGUGAACCCAACCUCUUACCUGACUGCCCUGGCCAGGGCCUGCUCCUUCCUGUCCUCACAACUGAAGCAGUUAAAUGGCCCAUCACACCCUCUCUGCUCCACAGUUUAUCAGAUUUUCUCCUCUCCCCCAGUUUAGCCUGGGCACCGUCUCGGAAGCUUUCUCUGGUCUCUGCCACAGAGAAAUCCCUGCGGAUGCUAAUGCCACCUCCCCAACCUUGUCACGUCCUAGCACAGAGAGCACUUAGCUGUGGCAGGAGAAAUGGGGAUGGGGGGGGGGGGUUACAGUCCUCAGAAAUAACAGGCCUCGGCUAGUGAAAUUCAUGCUCUGUCAGAGCCUCUCCUGCUCCUCUGAGUCACGGGGAGCUGGAGCGGUUUGCCUGGGAAUGGAUCCAGAGAUUAUGGAACUGGCACUCUGCCAGGAGAGGGGCCCACGUUACAUACGGGGAAACUGAGGCAAGGUGGGGUAGGGGAGAUGACUUGCCCAAAGUCACCGGGGAAGUCAGUGGCAGAGCUCGAAAUAGAACCCAGGAGUCCUGAUCCGCCCCCCCUUUUCUGACCACCCUCCCUCUAAACGCCGGGGACGGAACCCAGGAGUCCUCUUUCACUUGAGCUCUAACCAGUAUCAUGACCGGGGGGGGGGGAGACUUUCUGGUUUGAUAUCCAUGGGCGUGAGGGACCCUUUUCAGGGAAGCUGUCUGAGUCUGUGGUCCCAGCUUUGCCUGUGGGUUGUAACAUUUCACAUCUUGUGUCUAUGUUUUUCCCCCAAUCCCAAGCCCUAUUUUUAAAACUGGCAUGUUGGAAAGUUUGACUUUUAUAUUUAGCCAAAGUUCCAUCCCGUGCUUACUCCCCGAGCUCUGUCGCUGCCUUUGGUGCCCAGAGGCUGCUGACAAUAUUAUUUCAGCCCAAAUAUUUGUCCACUAAAUCAUGUGCACAAUUAUGGCGAUGACCCUGGACGAGAGCGAUCUAUUUUUAAUGCCUGCUCUUGGUGUGUACCAUGCAGGGAAUAAUGCGGAAUGCCGCCAAACCGUUAAGAAAAACCAACCCCUCCAAGCAAUGCUCACCACACCCACAGCUGGCGUCAGACCAUCUCAAAUCUAGGCUUUGUAAGAGACCCCAGCUCUUGAUCCUUUUAGAAAAUGGUUUUCUAAUUAGUAAUAAUUCCGUUUGUGUAUUUCAUUGCUGGUUCAUUUCUAUAGCGACUCAGGCUCUGUGCUUUGGGGAUGGGGCUGUCUUUCAGUUUUGUUUGUACAGCACCGAGCGCGAUUGGAUUCUGGGCUGUGACAAAUAAAUAACAGCAAUAUUAACCAAACUAGGUAGGGAGUGAAAUGCGAACUGCCCCUUUAAGAAGAAGGAGGGGGCACUUGGCGCGGGGCCUUUCCAGGGGCCAGUGUGCAGGGUGUACUGCUGUGGGGAGUGGUUGGCACGGAGCUGGGGGACGAGGACUCAGCUUCGCCACUGAAGUCCGCGGAGCUUUGCUGCUUUGCACCAGCUUGGGGGCUGGACGACUCAGGGGUCGGCAAUGCGCUACGGAGCCUUUCGCUGCGACGUGGCGGGUUCAAAUCCAGGCCGGGCUGGUAGGGGGCAAAAGCCAGCUCCAGCUGAAACCUCUUUGGGCAGCCCCUGGGUGCAGUGAGUUUGGCGGGACUCAGCCCACGAGUCAGGGAGGGCUGCUGACGUUCUGGAAAGCUGCGGGCAGGGUUGAAGAGGUCAGGCUGGGCUCACUUCUGCCCCCUGCAGCGGUCCCUCUAUCCUAGGGACGAGGGAGGAUCACGCCAGGGGCCGGUUUGCAGGGGGAGCUUGUGAUCCAUGCCACGCACUCCUGUGGCUGAACAGAAGCCGGGAUGUCCAUCUGGCACCUCGUCCCAGCUCCAGGGGGCUAGUGCAGCCGCCACCUCUUCAUCCACUGGGGGUGACCCAGCGGACGGAGCGAGAGCUGGCGAAGGGCUACGAGCAUCGGCCAGGCAGGUAAAUGCGGACGCCCAGGUUCUGAAUCAUGCUGGAUCCAAGACAGCGUUCAGCGAGCCCAACCCCUUCACCGAGAUAGCCAUGAACAGCUGCAAGUACAAUGGAGGCGUGGUCCGACCCCUGAGCAGCCUGAGCGCCUCCCAGCGCAACCUCCAUGAACUGGGAGCCGAGACCCAGCCCCUGCAGACCCUCCACAGCUCGGGCCUGGAGGUGGUGGUCUCCAAAACCGAGCAGGCCAAGGAUACAAGCUUGCAGGCGGAAGAGGCGGCGGCGGCGGCGCGCUCCCGGAGCCAGAAGAAGAACCAGAACGUUGGGUACCGGCUGGGCCACCGGCGGGCGCUCUUCGAGAAGCGCAAACGCCUGAGCGACUACGCCUUGAUCUUCGGGAUGUUCGGCAUCGUCGUCAUGGUGACGGAGACGGAGCUCUCCUGGGGAGUCUACACCAAGGAGUCUUCAUAUUCAUUUGCACUGAAAUGCCUUAUCAGCCUUUCAACCAUGAUACUUCUGGGCCUCAUCAUCAUGUACCAUGCCAGAGAAAUCCAGCUCUUCAUGGUGGACAACGGGGCGGACGACUGGAGAAUAGCCAUGACCUACAAGCGGAUCUUUUUCAUCAGCCUGGAGCUGAUGGUGUGCGCCAUCCACCCCAUCCCGGGCCAGUACCUCUUCACCUGGACGGCCCGGCUGGCCUUCACCUACACCACCUCGGUGGCCGACGCCGACGUGGACAUCAUCCUCUCCAUCCCCAUGUUCCUGCGGCUCUACCUGAUCGGGCGCGUCAUGCUGCUACAUAGCAAACUGUUCACCGACGCCUCCUCCCGCAGCAUCGGCGCCCUCAACAAGAUCAACUUCAACACCCGCUUCAUCAUGAAAACCCUCAUGACCAUCUGCCCCGGUACCGUGCUGCUGGUCUUCAGCAUCUCCUCCUGGAUCAUUGCCGCCUGGACGGUGCGCGUGUGCGAGAGAUUUCUGUUGUCCCCGGUUCAGACCCAUCCGCAAAAUGUCAUGGCUAAACCGCUAAGAGGUUGUAUCAGGUAUCACGACAAACAGGAAGUGACCAGCAAUUUCCUGGGAGCGAUGUGGUUAAUUUCAAUCACGUUUCUCUCCAUCGGCUAUGGCGACAUGGUGCCGCACACCUAUUGCGGGAAGGGGGUGUGCCUGCUCACUGGAAUCAUGGGCGCUGGGUGUACGGCCCUGGUUGUCGCUGUGGUGGCCCGGAAGCUGGAACUCACCAAAGCUGAAAAACACGUGCACAAUUUUAUGAUGGACACACAGUUAACGAAGCGGGUGAAAAAUGCUGCUGCCAACGUACUCAGGGAAACUUGGCUCAUCUACAAACACACCAAGCUGGUGAAGAAGAUCGAUCAUGCCAAAGUUCGGAAACACCAGCGUAAGUUCCUCCAAGCCAUCCAUCAAGCUCAGAAAUUGAGGAGUGUGAAAAUGGAGCAACGGAAACUGAAUGACCAGGCAAACACCCUGGUGGAUUUGGCAAAGACCCAGAACGUCAUGUACGACAUGAUCUCCGAGCUCCAAGAGCGCAACGAGGACCUGGAGAAACGCAUCAACACCCUGGAGAGCAAGAUCGACUCGCUGGGCCUCAGCCUACACGCCCUGCCCGGACUCAUCAGCCAAGCCAUAAGCCAGCAGCAGCGAGAGCUGGCCAAGCGCUGCGCCCCCAGGUUCUGCCCCAUCUCCAACAGCUCCGAGAGGUCCUCGUGGACGCCCACGCGCCGGCGGAAGUCUCCUUCCACCGCUCCCCACACCUCGUCGGAGAGCGGGUGACACCAGGGGGCGGGCCCGGCGCUCGGGCCCGUUUAUGUCUGGCCAUUGUGUGGCUGAUUCUGUUUGCUUUGUUCUGUAAAGCCCUGUACAGUUAAACUCCUGGAGUUCCUCGUGCUGGAGUGAAGCUAGAGCUGCCGCAUGGGCCCAUGGGGAGUCAGGGGAGGAGGGGCAGGGCGGAUAGAGGUGGGGGGCAGGUGCCCCAGGGCUCAUGGCGAGGGAACCCGGCCGCCCUCGGAACGGGCACCGGUUGGGUGGAGCCAGGGCACUGCUCUAGGUCGUCAUGACAAUGGGCCAUACAGAAGCAGAGUGGUUUAGUGGUUAGGGCACAGGGCUGGGAGGCAGGACCCCUGGGUUCUUUAGGAGGCUUUGGGAAGUGGGGGAGGGGGUCGAGUGGUGACAGGAAGGGGAUCUGGGUUCUGUUGGGAGCCGGGAAUCUUGGGGGCUAGUUCUGGCUCUGGGAAAGCAGUGGAGAUCUAGUGGUUAGAGCUGGAGGGGCAAGGAGCCAGGACUCCCAGCUUCUCUCCCCAGGUCUAGGAAGGGGGGUGCUGUCUCACGGUUAGAGCAGGGCAGGGACUAGGAAUCAGGACUUCGGGGUUCUGUGGCUGGCUCUUCCGCUAGGUGACCUCAGCUUAGUCACUUCACCACUCCGUGCCUCAGUUUCCCCAUCUGUAAAAUGGGGGAUAACGAUACUGACCGUUGUAAAGCGCUGUGAGAUUCCUGGCUGCACUAUUAAGCCAAUACAGACUGUGAACAGGGCAGGCGCAGCUGAUCCCGCCUGGCCCGAAGAGCUUGGCUGACGAUGGCUCCUGACCACAGCGCCACACGGCAGCCGGGACCCAGGAUGGCUCUGGAUCCGGCUGCUGAUUGCGGAAGGAACUCUGUGUAGCAAACGCCGGGGGAGGGGGGCAGAGCAAUGCCCCGGCAUUCCAGGGAGAGGGGAAGUGAGCAGGGUGGGGGUUUCACUCGGAGCUGCCUGCCCCACAAGCCCUUAGAGCUCCGCCCUGGGGAGGGAGGGAUGGGCACAGGGGGCUGGCUCCCCCCCUUGAAUGAUGUUAAAAGCUAAACGUUAUAUGAACUACACCUCUGGCAUCAAUCUUCCAGGUGAGCCACUGAGGUUUUCUAUCAUCACAAAUGGCAAGGGAGUGGCUGCCGGGC